AUGACUCAAGUUCGGGCUGUGUAUGAAUUCAAAGCACAGCCAAAUUCCGGCGAGUUAUCAAUUUCAGUGAAUGAAAUCUUAACGGUUGUUAGAGAAGGUAUAGAAGGAGGAUGGCUAGAAGGCCGUAAUGCAAGAGGACAACAUGGCCUUUUCCCAGAAUCCUACGUUGUAAAAAUUAUCGAUCCGCUUACUAUUCAAGAAACAGCUGUGCUUCCUCAUGAUCAACCUGAUUACGCUGUUCCACCACUUGAUGACACUUGGAAUGCAUUACCAGCUCCGGUUUAUCCAAAAUUACCUAGUCAAUCACAUGAAAAGCAUUUGCAUGAUCCAUCGGCACCUUCAAUACUUGGAUUACCUCAUGACGAUGACGAUUUUGAUGACUGGACUGAAGACGACGAGGAAUUGUCGGAGAAUGCUUUGAAUAUAGGUGAAAAUCUUGAAGUACAGAGUUACUUGUUGAAUAGUCAAGUUACUCGAAAUGAUACAUUGGUUAAACAAGGAACUGUGCGAGUUAAAAACAUAAAUCGAUUCUCGAAUUUUGUUAAAUCAGGUAUGGAGGAUUAUAUUCUUCUCAGUUCGAGACUUGCAUCCAAAGCAGAAGAAUGUCAUGAAAUCCUUCGAACAUCAGAUAGGGUAGAAUGGAUUCCAGUUGCUCAGCCAUAUUUUUGUAUUGUUGAUAAGCCAAAAAAAGAAUCUAAAUUGAAAGGAUUAAAAAGUUUCAUUGCAUAUAGCUUAAAGUCUUCUCUCAGCGGUAUACAAGUUUCUAGACGAUACAAACAUUUUGAUUGGCUUUAUGAACGUAUGUCAGCAAAAUAUAUUUUAAUACCACUUCCACCGCUUCCUGAAAAGCAAGUUGCCGGUCGCUACGAGGAAGAUUUUAUUGAACAUCGUAAAAAUAUCUUACAAAUUUGGGUGAACAAGGUAUGUAGACAUCCUGUUUUGAGUAAGUCGGAUGUAUGGAUACAUUUCGUAACAUGCACAGAUGAAAAGAAGUGGAAAAGUGGUAAAAGAAAAGCGGAAAAAGAUGAAUACGUUGGAGGAAAUUUCUUGUAUUCUGUCACGGUUCCAAGUCAGCCUCUCGAUAGUAAUGAUGUUGAACAAAAAGUGGACAAUUUUGCUCGUUCAAUGAGAAGUUUUGAAGAAAGCGCCCAUUUAAUGUAUAAUCGAGUCAGUGAGACCCAUAAAAGAUUUUGUGGACCAUAUAAAACAAAUUGGCAAAAAAUGGGAGAAGCUUGCAUUCGCCUCUGUCGAUCAUUUGAUAUGGAUCUAACACUUAAAAAUGAAAAUGUUACGAAUGCUUUGAAUGAAACAGCAAAUGUGCUUCACUGGAUUGGAGAUGAGCAUGAAAAAUCCGCAAAAAAAUCGUUGGAUCCAUUACUAGAUGCCCUAUAUUCAUGUAAAGGCAUGCUUGCUUCAAUACCAGAUGUUGUUAACGUCCAUAAGUCAGCAGUGUCAAAAUUACGUGAAAAUGAAAAACUUGCGAUGGAAGGGCGUGUUUUAAGUGCUGAUGUAGGAAAAGUGAAAGAAAGAGUUGAUUCUAUCAGUUACGUGAUGCUUGCUGAGAUGGCUUUUCAAAGUCAUGAAUUAGGAGAAGAUAUCAAAAAUAUGAUGGCGGCUUACCUAGAAAGUCAAGGAGAAUUUUACACGAAUAUCGGUAACAGGCUAACUAAUCUUGCUCGAAAGUUUAGGGAAGCUUGA